AUGGACGGUGGAGAAUCCGCAUACCAAAAUGACGCGCCGCCCCCGCGCAGCUCCGUGUACCGUAAGCUCACGCUCACCGUCGAGUGUGACGCGCUGCUGAAGCCCGCCGCGCACCGACCGGAGCUGCAUACGUCCAAGACGGGCGAGGAGUGCGUUGCGUUUUUUCGCAUGGAGAAUCUGCCGACGGCCGUGGAGCUGGAUCGCAUCAAGGUCCGCUGCUUUCACACGUGCGCUGGGCUGAGGGUGGAGGGGGAGUCAUGUCUGGAUGCGCUGUGGAAGGUGGGGGAUUGUUUGAUGGAGAGGUACCAGGCGCUGGGGAGGAGCGUGAGGUGUGAGCGCAUAAUGGCUGGAGAUGGGAGGGAUUAG